AUGGCCGACCCUCCUUCGCCUUACGAUGGGUUCAUGACGAUGUCCCUCGAGGACCGUUUUGCCCUCCUCUUUAGGGCGCAGCAAGUCAGGUUCGAUGCCGAUAAAAAGGUUGAUGACCGACUGUCUGCCAUUGAGUCUAAACUCGAACGCCUCACGGCCUCCCUACCCAAACCGCCUGCCGCUCCCACUCCCUCUGCUCGCGCUGAAGAUCGAAGUUUGUGA